GGCGGCCCGCGGCGGAGCCGGAGGUGGCUGCGGCGCCUCGCUCCGCCCGCGCCCCCUCAGCGCCCCCGAGCGUCCCCGCGUGUCCCCGCAGCGUCCCCGCAGCCCCUGCCAUCCCCCCAUGGAGCUGCUGUGCGUGGAAUCCGCGGCCCGCACCCCCCGCGCCGGGCGGGACCCGCAUCUGCUGGGGGACCGGCGGGUGCUGCAGAACCUGCUGAGCCUGGAGGAGCGCUACAGCCCCCGCGUGUCCUACUUCCAGUGCGUGCAGCGCGACGUGCAGCCCUACAUGCGGAAGAUGUUGGCCUUCUGGAUGCUGGAGGUGUGCGAGGAGCAGAAGUGUGAGGAGGAGGUGUUCCCGCUGGCCAUGAACUACGUGGAUCGCUACCUGGCCUCGGUGGCCGUGCAGAAGAACCACCUGCAGCUGCUGGGGGCUGUGUGCAUGCUGCUGGCCUCCAAGCUGAGGGAAACCAUGCCCCUGACCGUGGAGAAGCUCUGCAUCUACACCGACAACUCCAUCACCCCCCAGGAGCUGCUGCGCUGGGAGCUGCUGGUGCUGGAGAAGCUCAAGUGGGACCUGGUGUCGGUGAUCGCCAACGAUUUCCUGCCGCACAUCCUGCACCGGCUGCCGCUGCCCCGGGACAAGGUGGGGCUGGUGAGGAAACACGCGCAGACCUUCGUGGCGCUCUGUGCCACAGACUGCACGUUCGUGAUGUACCCCCCGUCCAUGAUCGCCACCGGCAGCAUCGGCGCCGCCAUCCACGGGCUGGGCCUGGCCGGGAGCGGCCUGGGCGGCGAGGCCGUCACCGAGCUGCUGGCAGGGACCACGGGCACCGAGGUGGACUGCCUGAAGGCCUGUCAGGAGCAGAUUGAGGCGGCCUUAGCCGAGAGCCUGAAGCAGGCAUCCCAAUCCCAGCAGGAAUUCAGCGCCAAGGCGGCGCCCUACGGGGGCAGCCAACCCACCAGCACCCCCACGGACGUCACCGACAUCAACCUGUGACCAACCGCCCUUGCCCAGAGCUCCAGCCCCUCCCUGGACACCCCCAGCUCGCCGCACCCCCCCUGCCCACCCAGCACCUCCGAGGGGUCCCUCCCAGGCCGGGAACGUGGAGCGGGAUCCGCGCUCGGAGCUGCUGCAGGUGGCCGGGGUGGGGUGAGCCAAGGUGGUGCCAGGGCACGGGGAGCAGGAGCCUGGAUGAAGUUGGAAUUGUUUCUGUGUUGGUGUUUCCUGGCUCUUCUGGGCCGCUUCCAGCCCCGUGAGGGACAAAAUUCACGGAGAGCCAA